UAUGUCAAGAGGGUAAUUCAAGAUAACGCGGUACAAUCGGAUUGCGUUAACGACAGAAAAAAAAGGAAAAGGGGGAAAGAAAGUUAUACGACUGUUGCAGAAUUUAUUCACAAGCGAUUUCACCCUCUCGAGUCGAGAAAAAGCUCUUCGUUAAAAAAGCGUAAAUCUGUGGAACUACCGGACGUCCCAUGAUAGCGCAGACGAAGGACCUCGCGAAGGAUCCCAUCGGCGACAUGUCCACUUACGAAAGACCGGGCGAAACGCAUCUGUCGACGAUGACGAGGAUUGUAGGGGUGUGCACCGCUAUUGUUGUGUGCGGCGUCGGCGCGGAUGUGGCGUAUCAUCGGCACGUCAUGGGGCUUUACGUUACGGCGGCGUCGGGUGUGAUCUUCUUUCUCGAGAUAACUUGGGCCAUCACGCUGUUCGUGCAGCUCUGCACCAGGAACGAGGACUCUCUCUGUUUGCAUUGCUGGUUCAGCGUUCUGGCGGUCACGCGGGGCUGGCGAAGAGCAUUGUUUUAUUUACCGUUGUCCUGCGUCCUGGCGUGGCGACCCAAUAGACUUUGGCUAUCCUACGUCGCGGCCGGCCUACUGGCAGUACUGUCCUUGCUGCAUAUUGCAUCGAGCGCACUCGGACGACGAGAUCUUUGCCAAUCGAGCGCCGGGACCGAUUCGGUAGGCGAGAGCCUCUUGAAUGCCAGACAGGAGAAUUACGAUCGUUUCGAGGAAGUUUUGGUGACGGAGGUUCUUGAUGACGGGGUGUCAGGACCAGGCCGCUGUCCCGGGGACAGCGACGGCGAGAUAUGACACGAGCGACGGUCCUCCUGGGCCAGCGAAUCCGACGAGGAUAGCGAGUUGGAGCAGAGGACCUGUCAAAUCGCCACGCUGUCUUAGUCCUUCAUGGACCAGAGAUAUCCUCGACUCGAUCUCGUCGCAUCUCAAAGAAAGUCAAUUGAUUCUGUUUGCGGCAAGAACGAACGCGAGAAAUGCGCGAGGCCUUCUGAAAUUGUGUAAAUGGAGAAAGUGUCAUAGGAGAGGCAGAUUCUCUCUGAAAUAUGAGAAUAAAGAUAAGAUGUGUAUGUAUGUAUGUAUGUAUGUGUGUGUGUGUGUGUGUGUGUGUGUGUGUGUGUGUGUGUGUGUAUGUGAGUGAGAGUUUGACUUUAUUGAUUUACAAAACUGCAAAAGAGGACGGAAAAUGUGCGGAAAUAGGAGAUAUUGCAUCUUCGUGUGUGCGCGUGAAGGAAUGAAUGUACGCGAAUAUUUUUCUCUAAUAGACACUCGUUAGUUACAGUAUAAUUUUCUAUACGUUAUGUCUUUUAGGAAAGAAUAAAUAUAAAAAUAUAAUAUACAUAUAACUGCAUGACACGUACAAAACAGUAAAAUUUCAUUUUAAGCGAUCAUUUAAUGCUAUUAAAUUGUCAAUAUACAAAAUUGCUAAUAAAUUCUUUCUAAAAACCUA